AAAAAUAUCUAUUACUUUAUUUAAUAACAGAUGGAAAACCCAAACAACUGUAUACCAUUCUGAGGGACUAUAAACUCCCCCUGACCGUCCAGUUUCCGAAGGAUCACAGCAUGACAGUGGGUAACCAAACAGUGAGCACCAAUAAUAUCCCGUGCAUGGAACUCGUGCAAACUUUUGAUGAGGUUUACCUGUUGUCCAAUUUUAUAACUGACGGUAGUAUUAACCAGGAAGUUGUGCUUAUGCCACUUUAUCUGUCACAACUCAGACUGGCGGUCAUAAAUGGGUUCAAAGGUCAAAGUGAGGAAAAAUGGAACGCCUUUCGACGUAAAUUAGAUCGAGUUGCUUCUUCUAUAGAAUUCGAUAACGAAUUUGGAAACCUGAAUAUUGCCGAGUAUGACCCGAGGGCAGUUCACACCGAUACCACUUACUCUUAUAUAGAACCAACAUCUUACUCUUCUUUUAUAAGUCUUGUUAACAAAUCAGCAGUUAAAUCAGUUGACACUACAGUUUUUAACCGAGAACAACAACGCCGUGAGGGUUUGAACGUUUACGAAGAAAUUGACAACAUAGCACGAGAGAGGCAAUCGGCACGAAGAAUUAAAUAUUGCCACGCUGAGGCUUUAACCAAACAAGCGCAAAAAAAAUACACUGAACAGAUUGAUGGUCGUAUGCUGAUUCUACUGGACAAAGACAUGCUGAAAGAAGAUUUUGAUAUGAAAGGUGUUGAGGCACUUAGACUUGUAACAUUUGCAAAAGAAGGUCACCUGCCGAAUUAG